CCUGCUGCCAUCGUUAACAUGUCCAUGCUCCGAAUCUUCGGUUUGGGGAACAACAAUCUUUUCGGCUCCCUCCCUGGCAACAAGAGCUUUAACCUCCCCAUGCUACAAAAACUAGGUCUUUCUUCGAAUCAUUUCACUGGCCCAAUCCAGCCGGCACUGGCCAGAUCCAACAAACUUGAGCUUCUUUCUAUCUCCAUUAAUAACUUCACUGGUCCGGUACCGGCGUGGUUGGCAACAAUGCCUCGGCUUUCUACUAUUCUACUGUCGGCAAAUAACCUCGUCGGUAAGAUCCCGGUUGAGUUAAGCAACCACACAGACCUUGUCAUGCUUGAUCUUAGUGUCAACCAGCUGGAAGGAGAAAUUCCACCUCAAAUAGGCUAUUUGAGAAACCUCAAUUACUUGAGCUUUUCGACAAACCUCCUAACAGGUAAAAUUCCUGAAUCCAUAGGCAAUAUAUCAAGCAUAAAAACUCUUGAUCUGACACUCAAUGCCUUCACUGGAUCAGUUCCAACCACGUUUGGGAAUGUUCGUAGUCUUACGGGCUUGUAUGUGAAUGGAAACAAGCUUAGCGGGAAGCUAAACUUUAUCCAUGCACUCUCCAACUGCAAGAACCUGAGUACCCUUGGCAUAUCGUCCAAUUCGUUUGCAGGAAGCAUACCUGACUAUUUGGGAAACCUUACUUCACAACUCCAGUACUUCAUAGCAAGUUCUAACAGCUUAACGGGGAGCAUUCCAGAUACAAUUGCAAAUCUUAGCAGCCUUACCACAAUUGAUCUCGACGGAAACCAACUGAGCGGGACCAUCCCUGUAUCCAUCACUACACUGAACAAUCUCCAAGAACUCAACCUUGCCAACAACACCUUGACCGGCGCCAUCCCAGAAGAAAUUUCCAGAUUAACACGCCUAGUACGAUUGUAUCUUGAUAAAAACCAGUUGUCUGGCUCGAUACCGAGCACUAUGGGUAAUCUAAGUGAGCUGCAGUACAUGACAUCUUCUCUUAACUCACUGUCUUCGACCAUACCCUUCAGUCUCUGGCGCCUCUCAAAGCUCAUCAGUCUUAAUCUGGCAUACAACAUGCUGACUGGUCCACUGCCGAGAGAUGUUAGCCAAGUAAAACAAAUUGCUCAAAUGGAUCUUUCAAGCAAUCUUAUGACCGGUGGCUUACCGGAUUCCUUGGGCAGGCUCCAGAUGCUCACCUAUCUGAACCUGUCAAACAAUUCAUUCGAGGAACAAAUCCCAAGCUCAUUUGGAGAGCUAGUCAGCAUAGAGACCAUGGACCUAUCAUACAAUUCCCUUCGGGGUACCAUACCAAAGUCACUGGCCAAUCUGACCUUCCUCACUAGCCUGAACCUCUCUUUCAAUAAACUAGAUGGUCCGAUACCGGAUAGAGGAAUUUUCUCAAACAUCACACUCCAGUCUUUGAGAGGAAACGAUGCUCUUUGGGGCCUCUCACGUCUAGGCAUUUCACCCUGCCAGAGCCAUCAUAAAUCACCGGAAUCGUUGAUAAAAAUUAUACUUCCUGUAGCCGGGGGAGUUGCAAUUUUGGCUACCUGCUUGUGCAUAUUAAUCAGAACAAAGAUCAAAAAGUGCAAAAGGACAUCAGUUCCCUCGGAGUCCAACAUAAUCAACUACCGGUUAAUAUCAUUCCACGAGCUUGUUCGUGCUACAGAAAACUUCAGUGAGGACAAUCUGCUUGGAUCUGGGAACUUUGGCAAAGUCUUCAAGGGACAACUGGAUGACGAAUCAAUUGUUGCAGUAAAGGUGCUCAGCAUGCAACAUGAAGGAGCCUCUGUGAGUUUUGAUGCAGAGUGUCGUGCUCUGCGCAUGGCCCGUCACCGGAACCUAGUGAAAAUACUUAGCACUUGCUCCAACUUUGAAUUCAAGGCCCUGGUGCUCCAGUACAUGCAAAUGGGAGUUUGGAUAGUUGGCUACACUCAAGCAACAGCCCUCAGGGUUUGGGGUUCCUCAAGAGGUUAGAAAUUAUGCUAGAUGUAGCGAUGGCGAUGGAGUACCUCCACCACCAGCACACCGAGGUUGUUCUUCAUUGUGAUCUGAAGCCUAGCAAUGUAUUGCUGGACGCAGACAUGACUGCGCACAUCGCUGACUUUGGCAUUGCCAAGUUGUUGUUGGGUGAUGAUAACUCCAUUGCGUUGACAAACAUGCCCGGAACAAUUGGCUACAUGGCACCAGAGUAUGGAUCAACUGGUAAAGCAUCACGCAUGAGCGAUGUGUUCAGCUAUGGGAUCAUGAUGCUGGAGGUCUUCACGGGGAAAAGACCCACUGGCCCGCUGUUCGGUGAGGAGCUCAGCUUGCGGCAAUGGGUUACUGAAGCAUUUCCAACCAGGCUUAUAGAUGUUGUCGACAACAAAGUUCUAUCACAAGGAAUCAAGAGUGAUUGCCAUGCUGGCGAUGAAAGCACGUCGAGAGAGCAGUCUAUCAUUCUCAACACAUGCCUUGCAUCUGUAAUAGAGUUGAGUUUACAGUGCUCAUCAACGAUGCCUGAUGAAAGAACCGCCAUGGACAAGGUGGUAGUGAAGCUGAACAAGGUAAAGGUAGAUUACUGCUUGCAGCUAGAGGGCGAAUGAAACCACCUUCUGCUAUCAUAUCUCCUAGAACAGAAGAUCAUAUACUUCUUGAGUUAACGGCAAUAAGGAUAAUAUACCAGAUAUGUAGUAGAAAUAGAACUGUAAUUAUGCGUGAGUUGCA